AUGGCCGACGAUGACCCCGGUCUGUCGCUGUCAACCCCCGAUGCUACCGUCAGCUCUCCCGCCUCCAACUUCUAUCCAUUCGCGACAUCCCCAGACGUAAUCCGGUCUCACGAGAAAGAUGCCUUUCUCACCAGCAGUCUGGUACAACAGUCCCAGUCCAUUAUCCGAUCUCUGAAAGGCGCCCGCUUCGCUCACACGUACUCCGAUUCCAUCAAACAUAUUACCGAGCUUGUCUACUUCUCGCUAACGACCGCUAUCGGCAACCGGACUCUCGGCGAAGAAUAUUGCGACCUCUUCCAGCUUGAAGAUGACACACUCCGCCUACCAGCAAUUUCUCGGCGUGUCGGAUACAUCCUCAGCAGUAUUCUAGUGCCAUGGUCAUUGCAACGGCUCCUUCCCGCCCUGCGUGCGCGAGUGCGCAGCAAGCUUGAGCGCAGUAUCGCACGACAACAAGUCCGCGCAGCGCAGCAGGCUGGCCUGCUGCAUUCUAAACCAACACCGCGGUCGUUCUUUUCUAAGCUGCGCAUCCAGCAAUACAUCCUCGAUCACUUGGACUCAAUCACAUCAUUGAACCCGAUCUACGCGCUCAGUAUCGCGACUUUCUACUUCACAGGCUCAUACUAUCACCUUUCCAAACGAAUCUGGCGCCUUCGCUAUGUAUUUACCAAAAAAAUCGACGAAAGCGAACAGCGAAUCGGGUACGAGGUUUUGGGCGUCUUGAUGGUCCUGCAAAUUGCCGUGCAGGGUUUCUUGCAUAUCCGUAGACUGGGACAGAGCAUGGCCGAAGACGACAGCCAGACCUCUGAGGCAGGCGAAAAACGCUCUGGAGAGAUUGCUCUGAUCCCUUCGAUUCAAAACCCGGCGGCAGUUCCCUUGCUUCCUGCUUCAGCGGCUCGUUAUGAUCUAGAGGAGGACCCGGGCGCCGUUGCGUGGAUUCCAGAGGGGCAGCAGCGGAAGUGUACGUUGUGUUUGGAGGUUUUCAAAGAUCCUAGUGUGACGACUUGUGGGCAUGUAUUCUGUUGGGUUUGUGUUCGGGACUGGGUGCGCGAGAAGCCCGAGUGUCCAUUGUGUCGACAAGAGGUUUUAUUGGCCAAGGUGCUUCCUCUGAGAGGGUAG